CCGACGCUGCGAACAUGCCGCGACCGACAGGGUUGGUUAUAAAACGACACAACAUACGAAUAUGGUGCCACGAAUGCGACAUGGGACGCUUACAACGCGUUGUGUGGGAGGGCCAAGGUGCAAGACUGCUUAGCGAAGUGUCUAGCCAGCCGAUCGUAAAGAAAUUUCUAGAAGCUGUUCCUUAUAUAAUGAACACAAUUCGUGACAUCCACAACGCCGUGAUUCAGAAUGACUUGGAAGGUUUCAUGAAGCUCACAGCUGACCCAAUACCACCUCAAGCUCUAUCUAGCAGAGAUGCAAACAAUUUGACAGCUAUGCACAAAGCUGCUGGUCUGGGUCGCGGUAGUAUACUGAAGUAUAUGAUAGAAAGAUACCCUCAAGGCAUAAAUGACACUGACAAUGAUGGUCGCACACCAUUGCAUUACGCUGCUAUAGUGAAAGAUGAGCAACAUACGUAUAACACGCUUAUAAGCUUUGGGGCUGAUGAGGGCGCAGUUGAUAAUAAAAAUAAAACACCAGCAUAUUAUGUCAAUAGGGCCCACGAUAUCGAUAAAAAUAUUUUUAAAAUUUUGCCUGAUGCACCAAGAACACCAUCUAGUGCUUAUCCAGCUUCAUGGGAUUGGAAAAUUUUAGACACUGAGUAUAUUGGAAAUUUUAAUAAAAAGUCUAGAAAGAAAAAUUUAAAAGCAUCCAGUGAAAAUAUAUCAUCAAAAAACAACACGAAUACUAUAUCGGAUAGUGUAGAAAAUAACAAUAGUUUGAUGAAAAAUAGCAGUACGCAUGAGUUAAUUAGUGAUUUACCAGAUUUAAAUGAUAAUGAAAAACUUCAUGCAAUUAGUAAUGAUUCUAACGAAGAAGAUGCACAAAGUAAUAAGGAUGCAACUGAAAUUGAAGACGUAAAAGAAAAUAUUGAAAAUGAGAAUAUUUCUGAUGAAAAAAAUGAUAUAACCCCAGCUGAAAAUACUCAGCCUGAUGAUAUUGACAAAAAUAAUAUUGAGAACAUAGAAAACAAUGACGAAAAUAAUGAAAACCACGAGGAUACAAACAGCACGAUUGGAAAUACUGAUGAUGAGAAUAAUGAAAAAGAAAAUAUUAAUCAAUCAAAUGAAAAUAUGGAAGGAAAACACAUUGAGGCAACCAAAGACAUUAAUGAAAUCUCAGAUGAAAAAAAUAUUGAAUCAGUUAAGGAAGAGACAGACAAAAAUGUUGAUGAGAACAACGAUAAUGCAAAUAAUGAAUCGACAACACAACAAGAAGAUGAAGAAGAACAAAUAACAAAACCAACUGCUGUUGAAAGUGUCAACUCUGAAAGUAAUGAUGACGAAGUUAAAAAAGAAAAUAAAGAAAUUGAGAGUCCUCACGAUAACUUGGAAAGUACACCUCAAGAAAUAACCGAAAAAGAAAGCGUAAAUGAAAAUAGUAAUGGUCAUGGUACUCCUGAAAAAACUGAUGACCAUGAUCAUGACGACAAUCUUCAAUCAGAUACAAUAAAUAAGGAAAAAGUUCAUGAAGAGGAUGCCUCUAGAACUACACCGAAUGAAGGAAACCUCAUCAACGGCCGAAAUAUACAGGAAAGUCUUAUAGAAGGUAUAAUUAGCAGUGAAGCUGAACAAGAAACGCAAGACGCAAGUAUCACUCAAAGAGAUGGCCCAUAUCACGACGACAUUCUAAUUGUAGACAAUGAAAUAGACCCGGAAGUAACUGACUUAAUCAAUACAGCUAAUAUGGAAAUGUUGGCAACUUUAGUAUUAAACGGAGAGGGAUCUAGAUUAAUUGGACGGCAGUCUAGAAAUACGGAAUUGCAAGCGUUUUUGAACAAUGUACCCACUUAUAUGCAAAAAAUCAACAGAGUUCACGUAGCUGCCAGAGAAGGUAAUUUAAAAGAUUUACAAGCAGCUUUAGACCGGAGAAAAUUUGCAAUCGCUCGAGAUCCAAUUUCACCGAAUGGAGCUACCCCUUUACACGUGGCUACAGUAUUUGGAAAAAGCAACAUUAUGAAAUAUUUAGGAGGAAGAUUUCCUGAGACACUAUCCGCAGUGGAUUUCGAAGGGAGAACUGCUUUACAUUACGCUGCAGUAUUACCAGAUAACGGUCAUUAUUACCAUAUAUUGCAACAGUUAGGUGCUAAUUCAAAGGAUUUGGACGAUAAUGGUCGAUCCGCUGAAGAUUAUCAAAGAAACCCAACUCUGUUUCCAUUUAGGCAAAUGUUAACAGAUUUUGGUAUUAGUGAUGAGACAGCCAAUGCAAUGUUUUCGGAUAAAGGUACAAGCCAUGACGUUAACGGCCAUAUGGACAUUCCCAUCUUUCAUACCGAAGAAGGCAGAUACCUUGCAAAGUCACUUGGCGAUCCUUUAAUAAAAGGUCUAACCGAAGUGGCAAAUAUAAAACCGAAAGACCCCGUAGCUUUUCUCGCCAGUUUUCUUCACAAUUUUCCCGAGCACGAGAAACCUCGAUUAGGAACACAGGAAUCAAACGUGUUGGUAACGAAAGAAGCACCUGAAGUAGACAAUGAACAUCCGCCGUUCGAUUACAAAGAUGGCACUGCAGAGAAUACAGUUGAAGAAACAGAACAUGUAGCGAUCGAUCGCACUCGAACUGCUAUCCGACCACACAGACCUAUAGACGUCAUCACCGUGGAUCCCCAGCUAGAAACUAGUCCUGAUGCUCCCGAAACAGCUCUCACAAGUCCCAACAGGGACGAGCAUGGGCAAUCCAUGUUACACUUCGCAGCAGCGCGAGCUCAUACAAACAAUGCGUUAUUUCAAUUACUACAGGAAUCAGACAUUAGUCUUGGAUAUCGAGAUGAGUUAUAUCGCACUGCACGUGAUGUCUCCAUACAAGCUAAUGUAUUAGAGAAUACUGCGGAGAUCGAUCGAUGGGUUCUGCAUUUAGCUGCUAGAGGAAAGUCAGACAAAAUAAUGGAAUUGUUACUUCAAGGAUACGAUCAUAUAUUAGACAUAGUGGACGAUGAGGGGAUUCCAAUAUCCGACGUAGUGGUUCAAAGGGGCGACAAUGAAAUGAGCAAUCUUCUUGCAUCGAUUCCACCUUUCGAGGAAUCGAGGGAAGCACUCCAGGGCGCAAUACGUCACGGUGACCUCUCCAGUGUUCAAGAAUUGCUGUCAGUAGAGGGCGGACGCACGCUCGCCCUCGCACAGAAUGCACUCGGCCGCAACGCAUUACAUAUUGCUGUAUUAGCGCAACAAGAGGACAUCGUGGAAUAUUUAGUUAAUACAUACCCAGAAAUGCUACGUCUCGGUGAUAAUCUGGAACGCACUGCAUUACAUUACGCGAUGGGCGUUGAAAAGAUGGAAUCCUUAAGCCGAAUACUCAUACGAGCUGGUGCUAAAAGGGUACUCAAAGAUCUUAAAGGUCGACAGCCGUCAUACUACUUCAUGAAUAAAUCCGAUAUAUUACGCCUUAAAGAGGAGGAAGAAGCGUAUUGACUUGGAAGUGAUAUGGGAAAAUUGAGGAACGAACGAUAAAUGUCCAUCCUAAGCAUGUUUUAUAAAUACUACAAUUUCUUUCGAAUACGCCUUUAAAAUAUAAGAUGGAAUCAAGUACAAUUUACA